GCCAAAGCGAGACAACAUAUUGCAGAACACAUUAUAGAACAGCAAAUACGUCGUGAACAUAUCGUAGCAGCAAGCGCGGUGCCCAAAUGUCCGCCGGGCGAGCUGUACUGCUGGUAGCAGCGUUGGCAGCAGCCGUCAUGUGGAGCUCACCUGCAUUUGGAGCUCGUAUCAUGAGUGAUGCCGCGGCUGUCACUCGUGGGGCAGCAGCCGAAGUGGCCGGCCAACAGAUGGCAGCCAAGAACUUGGGACAGCAGCAGCUGCGCCGCUCGCUGGCCGUGACGAAUGAGACUGGUUUGCAGUUGGCUGCACGUCUCGUCGACUCCUUGUCGUUUGACUUGAUCAACGCGACACUCACCUGCCCAGGAGGUGGGACGUCCAGUGCGUCGGGCUUCUGGACCCCGCCUGCAGGGCACGCCCUGGCCGCGGACUUCCCAGCUGGUGCGGUGGUCCUCACCACAGGCUUCGCGUACUUCGCGAACUAUGUGACAAACACCCUCAGUGGAACAACUUCUGCAAUUUCUGGAGCUACUGGUAAUCGAGGGACUGCCGGUGACGCCGACGUAACCGCUGCCGUGAAGAACACCACAUACGACGCGUGCUCGUUGUCAUUCGCGGCCAAGGCCAAGACCAAAGGCAAGAUUUCCUUCCAAUAUGUGUUUGCCUCGGAGGAAUACCCUGAGUACGUGAAUCAGCCGUAUAACGACGGCUUCCUGCUACUCUACUCGGAUGCAACCAUAAACAAGUCAAAUGUCGCUGUUGUUCCCGGCACCAGCCCUGCCCAGGCUGUGACAAUCAACAACGUCAACAUUGGCAAGAAUUCAGCUUACUACAGGUCUUUCUCCACUGGCACGGAAUACGAUGGCAUGACAACGCUGCUCGUAACCAAGCCCGCUAUCCUGGCGAAGGAUCAGGUGUUUACCUUCAAGCUGGUAGUUGCCGAUACCGCCGACGCCGCAUUUGACUCAGCGGUCUUCAUCAAGGCCAACAGCGUGUCUCUUUUCAACACGUGCGACAAGUCCUGUGCAACUGGCACAGUCCCAGCGAACAGCUGCAAAAUUGAUAGCGUUUGUGAGUGGAACGACCUGAUUGAGCAGGUUUGCAGUAGCAUUACUAACAAGGAUGACGGAACCUCCUGCAUCAUCGCUGGAAGUAACAACGUCGCCGGACAGUGCGCGGCCGGCGUUUGCAAGGAUACCACUGCCCCAACCGUCAGCACCAGCACCAACGCCAUCACCAAGGAGGGCAACACGCUUGGCGGCGCCGACGGCAUCUCCUUCACAUGCACCGCCACUGACAACGUGGACACGAACCUCAACGUUGUCACCACCUACUCCCCCGCGGCCCCCUCCACCUCUGGCGUCUACCCCGUCGGCACCACCGUAGCCACCUGCACGGCCACUGACAAAAGCGGCAACAGUGCGAGCAAGACCAUCACCAUUGUUGUCACUGACACCAUUGCGCCGGCCAUCACGGUCCCCUCGCCGGCGUCCGUGUACGCUUCGGCCAGCGGCACUGCUGCCGUCACCUGGUCGGCCGUCACCGCCACUGACAUCGUGGUUGGUGCCGUGACGCCCGCAUGCAACCAUGCCUCUGGUGACUCUUUCCCAUCUGGCAGCACCACGGUCACCUGCACCGCGUCUGAUGGCGCGCAACCCACGCCAAACGUCGCCACAAAGACGUUCACUGUGACCGUCCUGGAUAACACAGCUCCAGACGUCAGCACCAGCACCAACGCCAUCACCAAGGAGGGCAACACGCUUGGCGGCGCCGAUGGCAUCUCCUUCACAUGCACCGCCACUGACAACGUGGACACGAACCUCAACGUUGUCACCACCUACUCCCCCGCGGCCCCCUCCACCUCUGGCGUCUACCCCGUCGGCACCACCGUAGCCACCUGCACGGCCACUGACAAAAGCGGCAAUAGCGCGAGCAAGACCAUCACCAUUACUGUCACUGACACCAUUGCGCCGGCCAUUACGGUCCCCUCGCCGGCGUCCGUGUACGCUUCGGCCAGCGGCACUGCUGCUGUCACCUGGUCGGCCGUCACCGCCACUGACAUCGUGGUUGGUGCCGUGACGCCCUCGUGUGACUAUGCCUCUGGUGACUCUUUCCCAUUUGGCAGCACCACUGUCACCUGCACCGCGUCUGACGGAACCAAUACCGGCACCGCGACAUUCGCUGUGGUCGUUCUCGAUAACACAGCUCCAGACGUCAGCACCAGCACCAACGCCAUCACCAAGGAGGGCAACACGCUUGGCGGCGCCGACGGCAUCUCCUUCACAUGCACCGCCACUGACAACGUGGACACGAACCUCAACGUUGUCACCACCUACUCCCCCGCGGCCCCCUCCACCUCUGGCGUCUACCCCGUCGGCACCACCGUAGCCACCUGCACGGCCACUGACAAAAGCGGCAAUAGCGCGAGCAAGACCAUCACCAUUACUGUCACUGACACCAUUGCGCCGGCCAUUACGGUCCCCUCGCCGGCGUCCGUGUACGCUUCGGCCAGCGGCACUGCUGCUGUCACCUGGUCGGCCGUCACCGCCACUGACAUCGUGGUUGGUGCCGUGACGCCCUCGUGUGACUAUGCCUCUGGUGACUCUUUCCCAUUUGGCAGCACCACUGUCACCUGCACCGCGUCUGACGGAACCAAUACCGGCACCGCGACAUUCGCUGUGGUCGUUCUCGAUAACACAGCUCCAGACGUCAGCACCAGCACCAACGCCAUCACCAAGGAGGGCAACACGCUUGGCGGCGCCGACGGCAUCUCCUUCACAUGCACCGCCACUGACAACGUGGACACGAACCUCAACGUUGUCACCACCUACUCCCCCGCGGCCCCCUCCACCUCUGGCGUCUACCCCGUCGGCACCACCGUAGCCACCUGCACGGCCACUGACAAAAGCGGCAAUAGCGCGAGCAAGACCAUCACCAUUACUGUCACUGACACCAUUGCGCCGGCCAUUACGGUCCCCUCGCCGGCGUCCGUGUACGCUUCGGCCAGCGGCACUGCUGCUGUCACCUGGUCGGCCGUCACCGCCACUGACAUCGUGGUUGGUGCCGUGACGCCCUCGUGUGACUAUGCCUCUGGUGACUCUUUCCCAUUUGGCAGCACCACUGUCACCUGCACCGCGUCUGACGGAACCAAUACCGGCACCGCGACAUUCGCUGUGGUCGUUCUCGAUAACACAGCCCCAACGGUCAGUUCCAGCACCAACGCCAUCACCAAGGAGGGCAACACGCUUGGCGGCGCCGACGGCAUCUCCUUCACAUGCACCGCCACUGACAACGUGGACACGAACCUCAACGUUGUCACCACCUACUCCCCCGCGGCCCCCUCCACCUCUGGCGUCUACCCCGUCGGCACCACCGUAGCCACCUGCACGGCCACUGACAAAAGCGGCAAUAGCGCGAGCAAGACCAUCACCAUCACUGUCACUGACACCAUUGCGCCGGCCAUUACGGUCCCCUCGCCGGCGUCCGUGUACGCUUCGGCCAGCGGCACUGCUGCUGUCACCUGGUCGGCCGUCACCGCCACUGACAUCGUGGUUGGUGCCGUGACGCCCUCGUGCAACUAUGCCUCUGGUUACGCGUUCCCUCUUGGGACUACCACCGUCACUUGCACCGCGUCUGACGGAACCAAUACCGCCACCAAGACAUUCGCUGUGGAAGUCUUGGUGCCGCCGUGCUCGCCCUUCGACGGCUACCUGCCGCCUAUCUCACCCAAGGACUUCAACGUGCUCGCCACCACCAGCAGCACCAUCCCAGUCAAGUGGCCCCUGAGCAACCCGGCCUGGGGCCAAAUUGCGCCCGGAUACCCCAAGCUGGUGCCUAUCACGUGCGGAACCGACCCCGCGCCCAAGAAGUCAGACGUGGGCGAGUUCCUGGCGGACGCGCUGGCAAACCUGAAGCUGACACCGACCCAGGCAGUGAUGACGUUCCAGGGCAAGGGUCACGUGGAGAGCGGCAAGUGCUACCGCUUCGACAUCCUGCUGUCCAGUUGCAGCUUCACCGACUCACAGAUCCGCUCAUUCCGGAUUCGCAUCAAGUAGACGUUGUGUUCGUUCGUGUGUCAGCGCUAGCUCUGAUGAUACCUCGAUCGUCGGUGCGUUAUCACUUUGACAAUAACUUAUGCCACAUCACACGCGCAUAUGGUUCAUACGGAAUGCUGGCGGUGAUUUAUGUCGUGUAAUACCGCACAGAUGCCAUCAAAAGCGCAUUGGCGGGCGGGCCCAACAAUGCAUGUAUGUUUGAAGGACCGUCUCGUGUUUAUUUUGCUCAGCAUCGACGCUGACAGUAGGCUGAUGAGUCCUGCUGUGAUAGACGAAGUGUCUUGCCGCAUUUGUAAUGCAUAUCGGUGUACGGCUUGCUGUGUGGUGACAUGUGGUGACACGCCCAACAGCGGGAAACAUUCCUGAUGACUAGGAAGCGCAUGCGUGCAGCAGGUGUGCUAGCUGUGCUAGCUGCCGUGAGGUGGGAAGCGUUCACGAGUCAUGAACGCAAAGUAAUCUUUUGGACUACAACGCGUGAGCCAAGUAAACCAGUUGUUUACAGCUGUGGGCCAAGGUUUGGGAUGGACCCGGCGGGCGGAUGGACGCUCUUGCCUUUGCAAUCCCAGCGUGUU